AUGGGAGGUUGCUGUAGUUUAGUUUCUGAGUUGAAUGAAACAAAAUGGAGGGUGGGUUUUGAGUGCUUCAUCUUGCGAGACCAUUUCUUUGGUUUCUACCUGAAGGGCAUACAUUCUACAACUGGUGCAGAUCCAUUCUAUUGGAUGCGUGUUAUUCUUGCAUAUAAUCGUGGGACUGUGAUAGAGUUUGGAAUCACUCCCAUUGUGACAUCUGGACUAGUGAUGCAACUCCUUGCUGGUUCGAAGAUCAUUGAAGUGGACAACAAUGUUCGUGAAGAUCGUGCCCUGUUGCAUCUUGAAGCCAUUGGCGAAGCAGUUGCCUAUGUUCUCUCAGGGAUGCACAACAUAAUCUGGAAGGCAUUUAGCCCCGCAACUGUCAACAGCGACAGAGGUGCUGAGUUUGAAGGAUCUGUUAUUGCUUUAUUCCAUAUGCUUUUAACUCCAGAAAACAAGAUUUUUGGUCUCCAAGAAGCCUUUUAUCGGCAGAAUCUUCCAAAUGUGACAAAUGUGCUUGCUACAGUCUUGGUUUUCCUGAUUGUUUUCUACUUCCAAGGUUUUCGUGGUUUAUCUUUGAGGUCAAAGAAUGCCUGUGGGCAGCAGGGCUCAUAUUCUAUCAAGCUGUUCUACAACUCUAACGUGCCCAUCGUUCUACAUUCUGCUCUUGUUUCCAACCUCUGCUUCAUCUCUCAGUUGCUUUACCGGAGGUACAGUGGAAACUUUUUUUUGAAUCUCUUGGGCCAGCGGAAGGAAUCUGAAUAUUCAAAUGGUCAAUCCAUUCUUGGUGGCCUUGCAUAUUACAUCACUGCUCCAUCAAGCUUAGCUGAUAUGGCGGCCCAUCCUUUUCAUGCACUGUUCUAUCUUGUGUUUAUGUUGUCUGCCUGUGCAUUGUUCUCUAAAACUUGGAUUGAAGUUUCGGGAUCAUCUGCUAGAGAUGUUGUCAAGCAGCUCAGGGAACAACAAAUAGUAAUGCCUGGAGAGUUGAACCAUUACCUACCCACUGCAGCUGCAUCGGGAGGCAUGUGCAUUGGUGCACUUACAGUAUUGGCAGAUUGAUUGUAUGGGAGAAUAUAUGCAUAGAGGGUUCUUGCAAUCUGUUUGAUGAAAAUGAAAGGAAGAGAACAUAUGCAGAGAUGAGGGUUUGAAGCCUAAAA